GAUGUAUCGUGACGAGGAUGGACGCAGAGCCUACGUCCUGGGGCUGGCAGGAUAUCAGUCUCGCUGUUGUAUUUGUCACCCUUAUAAUUGUUACUGUGGUUGGCAACGUGCUGAUCAUCGCAGCUGUAAUUACAACACGACGUCUCCGCACUGUUACCAACUGUUUCGUAAUGUCCCUCGCCAUUGCAGACUGGCUAGUCGGCAUAUUUGUUAUGCCUCUUGCCGUCACUAAACAUCUCAACAACGGUAAGUGGAUCCUGGGCCGCAUGGUGUGCAUAGUGUGGGUGUCGUGUGACGUCUGUGUUUCCACAGCAUCCAUCCUGAGUCUGUGUGCCAUCAGCAUCGACCGAUACUUCGCCGUUACUCAGCCGCUCAACUACUCCAGGAGGAGACGUUCCAAGCGACUCGCGGCCAUCAUGAUACUUGUCGUCUGGCUCACCGCCAUCAUGAUCACGUGUCCUCCAAUGAUAUGGUACCGCACAGACACGCCGUACCUGAACAACUCUAACACGUCUACCAACGAGAGUGAGGUCCAAUGCGAGUACAACGAUAACAAGGGCUACGUGGUGUUCUCGGCAAUGGGGUCGUUCUUCGUGCCGCUGACCGUCAUGUUGUACGUGUACGCGAGGAUAUCUUGUGUCAUCGCUCAGAGACACGACAACCUGGAGGCCAUGAACAACAGCACGCCACAGGUCAAGUGGCCUCUCAACCCUUCGGUUAGCUUGUGUGAUCGCUCACAUACACGACAACCUGGAGACCAUGAACAACAGCACGCCACAGGUCAAGUGGCCUCUCAACCCUUCGGUAAGUACCUUGGCAACCACCAAGAAUACCAUGUGAACUCUAAGUUUGGGUGUGUGAUCGCUCAGAAACACGACAACCUGGAGGCCACGAACAACAGCACGCCACAGGUCAAGUGGCCUCUCAACCCUUCGAGACACGACAACCUGGAGGCCAUGAACAACAGCACGCCACAGGUCAAGUGGCCUCUCAACCCUUCGGUAAAAACACGACAACCUGGAGGCCACGAACAACAGCACGCCACAGGUCAAGUGGCCUCUCAACCCUUCGGUAAGUACCUUGGCAACCACCAAGAAUACCAUGUGAACUCUAGGUUAGCUUGUGUGAUCGCUCACAUACACGACAACCUGGAGGCCAUGAACAACAGCACGCCACAGGUCAAGUGGCCUCUCAACCCUUCGAGACACGACAACCUGGAGGCCAUGAACAACAGCACGCCACAGGUCAAGUGGCCUCUCAACCCUUCGAGACACGACAACCUGGAGGCCAUGAACAACAGCACGCCACAGGUCAAGUGGCCUCUCAACCCUUCGGUAAUGAUCGCUCAGAGACACGACAACCUGGAGGCCAUGAACAACAGCACGCCACAGGUCAAGUGGCCUCUCAACCCUUCGAAACUCUCGAGAAAGCCGACGUCCAAUCUUGAGGAGUCAGAUUUGGCGAGAGAUUCUUCUGAGAGCGAGGAGGUCGUCAGGAUAGCCAGUGUAAUGACACGGUUGCCUGAGAACCGUCUACCAGACCGGCGUCUGCGCUACUCCGACAACAGUUCCCGCGUAUCUUCGAUUAGGCGAGAGAGCAAGGCGGCGCAGACCCUGAGCAUCGUAGUAGGAGGCUUCAUCGCCUGCUGGCUGCCGUUCUUCCUCGCCUAUCUAGCACACCCCUUCCUCAAUCCUGGAUUUAUCCCGGAAAAAGUCAUGUUUAUCCUCACCUGGCUAGGAUGGAUUAACUCAGCGAUCAAUCCAUUCAUCUAUGCAUUCUACAGCCCAGACUUCCGGUUAGCGUUCUGGCGGCUCACAGUUAGACAUUGUACACCUCGACCACCUCCUUGCCGUCAACUCAACAGUUGUAGCAGGCCUAGUAUACUACUGAGAGAAAGUGUUGUCACUGGCUAUCCUCGACCAUGAUGUCAGCGACCGUCCCGGCGAGACAGGGACGCAACAGUCUAGAACUGUGACAAUAACAGUGGGACAUUAUACACCUAUACCACCAUC